AUGGCGGGCGGAAGCGGCGAGGCGGCGAUGUCUCCGCCGUCCUCCGGCGGCAGCGGAAGCGGCGGCGGGAAGCGCGGGCGGGACCCGGAGGAGGACGUGUACGUGGACAAUCUCCACUCACACAAGCGGUACCUCAGCGAGAUAAUGGCGUCCAGUCUGAAUGGACUGUCUGUCGGGGAUUCACUGCCUGACAACAUCAUGGAGUCCCCUGCAAGGUCAGAGACUGCUUCCUGCUUCAGGGAUGAGAUAUUAUCCCAAUACUCGCCAAUGUCAGAAGACUCGGAUGAUUACCGGUGCUAUGACACUCAAUUAAACCCCAGUGGGAAUCAUCAUGAUGCGAUGAUCAGCCCUUCAACUAGUCCAAUGUCAUCUCCUCACCGACACCAGAGACCACAAUCUCCUUUGUUACCUUCAAACCCAUACCCUCUCCCAAGCUGCUCCCUUUCAUCAGUAGUCUGCUCUCAUGCUCGGCGUGGCUCCGAUAAUGAAGGCCGGUUCCCAUCCUCACCGAAUGACAUGUGCCAUGGGGCAGAUUUGAGGCGAACAGCACUACUGAGGUCAGUGCAAAUGAGGGUGCAGGGACCCCAUUCGUACGACCUAUCAUUUGGCAUGAGACAAGGACAAGAACAUGUACAUGAGCAUGAAGAUGAACAUGAGCAUGAACAUCUAGAGGAUUUGGAAAGGACAGAAAGAUCAUCAUCUUGCAAUAAGUCAAUCGUUGACGAAAUCACGUACCAGCGACCUGACCAUGAUUUUGGUCGACCAGAGCAUGAGAUAGAUUACAUCAACUGCACAUCAGAUGAUUGUCCAAGUGACCUAAAAUUUAAGCAAGAAGAUAGGAGCCAUAGUAAAUUUGAUACCCGUAUGGACAAGAAUACAUAG